AGCCUCGCAAUCAAGUCUGAAUUUUAGCACAUCGAACGUGAACUAUUGACUAAGGAAAAUACCUAGAAGACACGCAACGCAUUUUUAGACUGAACUUCGACAGGCAACCCAGUACAAAUCUCAUACGGUUGUCGUUCCCAGUCCUUUUCCAAAGCAUCCAAACAAGAUGGCGGAGGAAAUAGAAAGUUUGAUAAAGGAGUUUCGUCUUCUAAAAUGCUCUCCUUUCAAACCUUUGGUAAARACUGGUGGCCCUGUCUACAUAACACAUGCUUCUAUAGGACAGGCAACCAAAGCACUUGCUACAGGGGAGGCAAGUGGUAAUGUCAGAGUAUGUGAACUUGAUACCUUGAAGCAAGUAGGAGUCAUCCUAGGAAACAAGAAACAUAUAACAGGAUUAGAGUUCUCUAAGGGAAAUGAAAAGCUCUUGUGGACAGCAACAGCUUGUUCAGAUAUGAACUGUUGGGAUUUGAGAGCAAGCUACACAAGACCAUCACAUGUCCUAUCCAGUCCUAAUAACUCUGAAUAUACUUGUUGUGGAGUGAACUGUGCUGGUGAUAUUAUUGCAGCAGCAACUGAACCAUUCAAUGAAGACGUCUGUAURUAUGUUUGGGAUAUCAGGAGUCCCCGACCUUUUUUCACAAGUGUUUUUACAGAUUCACAUAAAGAAGACAUCACACAGGUUAAGUUUCAUCCCACGAGACCCAAGCAUAUGGGUUCCUGUUCAACAGAUGGCCUCAUUUGUCUGUUUGACUUGUCACAUGCUCAGGAAGAGGAUGCUCUGCAGUUCGUCCUCAAUUCAGGAUCAUCAGUGGCAAGGAUAGGCUAUUUUGGUGAGAAUUAUGACAAGCUGUAUUGUAUCACUCACAUAGAAACUCUACAGUUAUGGGAUGCAGAGGAGGCAACAUUAUUGGCAGACCAUACAAAGAUACGAAAUGCCACAAAUGGGGUUCCAUGUGUAGAUUAUCUUGUAGAUUGUUUCUAUCAUCCAUCAGUCAACAAGCUUCAUCUUGUCGCUGGGAGACACAGUGGUUACCUAGAAGUCAGUGAAGUGACAGACGAAAGGGUGGAUAAGAUCUGUUCAUUAUCAGGGGGUCACUCAGCAACAGUGCGAUGCUUAGAGUGGCAUCCAAAGGGCGAGCAGAUAGUAACUGGUGGAGAGGAUUCUACUGUAUGUUGCUGGAAGGCCGCAGGUACUGAUGAAACAGUUCAAGAGAGUCAAGAAUAUCCAGCUGAAAAAGUCGAAGAAUGCAGUAAURCAAACCCUGGAAAGAUCCUUCCGACAGCUAGUGUAAGGAAACACGGAACUAAGCCUUAUACCAGGCCAACAGCACAGAACAAAGGCGUACAAGACACCCAUGCCUCAAGUAAUCAUGAAUAUGAAGAGAUGGUAGCGAAAAAAUAAAAUGAAUUGAUUUGUGGAAAACUAUGUAAAGUCAAGACAAUAAGCAGGUGUGUGAGUACCCAAUGUGCAGGACAGGUAAGUGUAUGGGUACCCAAUAAACAGAACAAACAAGUGUACACAAUCGUUGAGUGGUGUCCUUCAAGUGUACCGAAUGUACAGGACAAGCAAGUGUAUGGGU